AUGGCUCGUACUAAGCAGACAGCACGCAAGUCUACCGGAGGCAAGGCUCCCCGAAAACAACUGGCGACCAAAGCCGCUCGUAAGAGCGCGCCUGCCACUGGCGGAGUGAAGAAGCCUCAUCGUUAUAGGCCCGGAACUGUGGCUCUUCGAGAAAUUCGUCGCUACCAAAAGAGCACUGAAUUGCUGAUCCGUAAACUGCCGUUCCAACGUCUCGUCCGUGAGAUUGCUCAGGACUUCAAAACGGAUCUUCGUUUCCAAAGCUCGGCUGUUAUGGCGUUGCAGGAGGCUAGCGAGGCUUAUCUCGUUGGUCUGUUUGAAGACACCAAUCUCUGCGCCAUUCAUGCUAAGCGAGUUACUAUCAUGCCUAAGGAUAUCCAACUGGCACGUCGUAUUCGCGGAGAGCGUGCUUAA